GCUUUCCCGUAGUUCUUUCCAGCAAGUGAGGCUGGGCUGGAAAGAGAGUGGGAGCACUGCACGCAUGCUCCAGCAUCCGCAGCCCCCCCCCCCACAUCCCUUUCUCAUCCCUGAUCUCCUCCCCUCUUCUCUCCUCCACCCCUGCUUGGAGCUAGAAAGGAACUAGCUCAUCUAUUGAGAGGGAAAGGAGGGGAAAGAGGAGGCUGAUCUGUCACUGGGAAUCUCUCCAGCAUCCUCCCAAGUAGCUGGUUGAUCCAGGAGCAGCUGGGACUCUGGGUAUUUCAGCACCAGCAGCCCUGGACAGCUCCAGAUUCAUUGAACUGGUACUUCGAGCUGCUGGCUGAAUCCGCCCAGAGACCGACGUCAUCACACAAAGAAAAAAAAGGCGAAGCAUCCUUGCUGGGCACUCCUUUGAUCUGCACAAGAUCCUGCUUUUCCCCUGGAAAGCCCCACAGCAGGGUUUUCUCCUAAACCAUGGGCAGAAAGAUGCUCCUCAGCCUGUUAACCAUGUUGUCCUUGAUCGUAGGCCAAAUGUUUGGCUUCCCAAAGCCCGAAGGUGCAAGAGAAGAUAAAACAGUAUACAACAGAGAACUAACUGUAGAGAGACCAUUGGAAGAACAGAUUGCUGAAGCAGAGACAAACAAAAUGAAGAAAUCACUCCGGACAGAUCUUCCAGACAAUAAGCCAGAAUUCAGGAAUUAUUCAUUUGUGGAUGACUUGAACCUGCUGAGAUCUGUUGUGGAAAAAGACAGAAAGGAAAAGGAAAUGGAAUCGGACAGGAGUCCCCUGUAUCACCAACAGCUUGCUCUUGACGAUGCAGAUUCCACCAAGAGACGCAGGCUGGUGGAGGAGUAUGACUCCACUAAAAGUGAUGUGGAUUAUAAAUACCAAGAUGACCCCGAUGGACUUCAUCAGCUCGAUGGGACCCCAUUAACAGCUGAGGAUAUCGUCCAGAAAAUUGCCAUGAGAAUUUACGAAGAAAAUGACAGAGGCGUCUUUGACAAAAUUGUUUCCAAGCUUCUAAAUCUGGGUCUGAUCACCGAAAGCCAGGCCUACACCCUAGAGGAUGAAGUGGCUGAAGCAUUGCAGCAGCUGAUUGCUAAUGAAGCCAAAGAUCGGGAAAAGGCCUCUGAGGGUCUUGAGAGUCUCGCAACCAAGAGUAACAGUCAGACCAAAGAGAAGCAGAAAAUAAAACCGGUGUUAAAAAAUACUGAUCGAGAUGACACCUUGGAUAAUACCUGGGCACCCACCAACAUCUUAGAAAGAAGAAAUGAUCUGCCCCCAGAGGAUCGUUUUCAGGAUCUCCAAUAUUUCCCUAAUUUCUAUGAACUAUUAAAAAGCCUUAACUCAGAGAAAGAAGUGAAAGAAAAGGAAACUCUGAUCACAAUCAUGAAAACGCUAAUAGAUUUUGUCAAGAUGAUGGUUAAAUACGGCACCAUCACCCCAGAGGAAGGUGUUUCGUAUCUAGAAAAUCUAGAUGCCAUGAUUGCCCUGCAGACAAGAAAGAAACUUGAAAAAUCCAGUUCCCAGAACAAGCUAUCAGACAAGAGCAUCGAGGAAGCCGACAGCACAAAAACAGGCACAGCCGAAAUGGAAAAAGAAUACGAAGCCUUGAAAGAUUCCACAAAAGCCGAGGAAGAAAAUGCAGGAAACAAUGAAGAACCCAAAGGAAAAGCCGAGGCCUAUUUGGAAGCCAUCCGAAAGAAUAUAGAGUGGCUGAAGAAACAUAACACACAGGGAAAGAAAGAUGAUUACGAUCUUUCUAAACUGCGUGAUUUCAUAGACCAACAAGCCGAUGUUUACGUGGACAAGGGCAUCCUGGAUAAAGAAGAGGCAGAGGUAAUUAAGCGUAUCUACGGCAGCCUGUAGAGAAAAAGGAAACCUCCUGAAGACUGUAUGGAAUUCUAGUCUAGCUUCUCCACCCACAUCUAGUUCUACGACCUACAAGUUUGUUUCUCCCCACAUCAUCCCAGGAAAAAGAGGUGAUUAGAAAGUAUUCUGUCUCCAUUGUACUGAAUUUUAUCCAGGUUUAAAAAAAACAAAAAACCAACCACCACACCCUAUAAUUGCAUAUUUGUUUCUUCUCAACUUUGAUUGCCCCCCCCCACUUUAAAGUAAACGAGCUGCCCACUUUAUAGCUAACAGGGUAAAACAGCUGCUUACAUCAUUGUCCCCGUUAAUUUAUCCAGCUGAAUAAUUUAUUCAGAUAAUAUGCUUUGGAAAAAAGAGCCAGUUUGUUUCAUCGUGAAAUGGCUUUUAAAAGAUACUGUUCUGGGGAAAAAAUAUAUAUAUAUGAUAAAGGGCAUUACUAGGGGCAACCCAAAUGAAUUAACUCAGUUUAGCUCAAUUUUGCAUUUCUUGCGAAGAAAUCUCACCUUUGCAAUUCUCUUUUGUGGCACCUCUUCUGUUUUGUGUCCCAGAAAGUAUUGUUGGAAUGCUGUAAUAUAUUCAUUUUCUUGCUGUUUGCGCAUUCCGCUCUGUUCUCCCCACGCCCCCCUCCCAAUCCGUGUGCCAUCGAGUCAUGGCUGUGUGUUUAACCCUGCCUCGGCCUUCAAAAUAAAUCUUUUAACAGGGAGAAAAAAAACUGUAUUGUCACCGUAUUGCUACGGUCAGGUACAGUAGCAACGGUUGUCCUUCACAUCCUCCAUCGUUCUUGGUUAAGUGUUAUUUCUCUGCAUGUAUAAAGAACAGUUCUUGAUGUGAGUAGCUUAAUAUGUGAAUAACCAUUUCUAAGGGUAAAAAAGGAGGUGAAGCAAGGUCCUUGAGCUUUAGAGGUGUGCUUAGGAUCAGACAUUUAUCUAUAUAGGACGAGUGAUAUGCUAGGAUUGAGGGAAUGCAGUAUCGUUUAGCAACCCCAGGUUUCAUAAAUGUCUAGUUUUUGUAAACUUUCGGUUUAGCCUGAAUUUACACUGAAGAUCCAUGCUCCUUUUCUAUUUAAAGAGGUAUGCGUUUACACAUUUUAUUUUAUUUUAACUAAGGCACUAUUGGGUUAAAGCAACAUGCUAAGCCAUAAGUCACAAUCCACAAUGCUGGUUUAGUUUGAUCAACCACGGUUUGUGGAUUAAGCCGUAAUUGGAUGGGCUUCAUACAGUGCAGCGAGGCAUAAAUCACAGUUCAAAAAUUAGAAUGGCUACGUUCACAGAAUAUUGCAUCCCCUCCAUAGUAAAUGUUGCUUGCACAUUGAAUAAUUCUUGAGAAAAGUAUAUCCUGCAUUUAAGUUCUCAUUCUGAAUGUGACAUGAGGAGACUUCUGUUUGUCUUGUAAUAAUCAAUUUAUUUUUCUUUUGAGAUUACAAAUUUAUGAACAGUAACAUGCAGUGAGCAUUCCAGUCAGAAGAUGGGCUGAUUCUGCUUAAUUUCUCCAUUAACAAUAAUUGGAAAUAGAUUUUCUGGUGCUAAGCAGUGCAGUUGUAAAGCAUGACGUCAGGUGACUGCACUGCUUAGUGACAACAGUUAUGGUAGUUCUCAGUUACCGUCAUUAAGUGAAGACCAUGGUCACCUAGCAAGGUCUUCUCAUGACUACGAUGUCUGAGAUCCUGUGGCUUCCCCACUGAUUUUGUUUGUGGGAAGCCGACAGGAGAUCGCAAAUUGUGAUAAUGUCACACGGGAUACUGCCACAAUCACGAUUAUUGGCGCAUGCAUUGGGCAGAACUUCGAGGACUGGUUAUAAGCUCAACAUUGUUACAAGUUGAAAUGGUCACUGAGUGAGUGGCCAUUCAAUGAGGACCACCUAUAUGUUUACUUAUUUUCUUUUUUCCCCAUAAACUGCCCUGAUAAGUUGCAGCGAUAAAAUGGUUUAGAAGCAAUUCGGACUACAACUAGCAAAUGCAAAAUAAAUUUUGAAUAAAUAAAUCUUCACUGUCCCGCUGGAAGUUGACACUGACAAAGCUAUGUAUUAUGGGGGAGAAUCCCCCCAAAUAUGAGGGGGUAUAUAAGCCAUGAAGACUGACUUUCAUUGGCUGAGACUAGUGGAACAGCCCCAUGUCUUCUGUUGCAAUAUCAUGGCAGAAAAGUUGAAUAAGGAGGCAAGACCGGUGCUGAAAUUCAGUUACAAUUGCCAGCCUCCUUCAUAAAUGGAUGUUUUAGAUAGAAGUAUUUGGUUAAUUUUUUGUGCAGCUUCUAACUCAGAAAACAUCCUUUUAGCACCAUCUGGAUAAUAAAAGCUCUAAAAGAGAAUCUUAAUGUACUCUGCAGACAUACUAGUCUCGUAUUCCUCAGUACAUUUUAAACAGUCAUUAAAAGAAUUUGCAUUUAUAUGAGAUGGGAAAGAGUACAGCAGAGAAAUUAAGAAUGCAGCCCAAAGCGUAUUUACUCAACAGGGAAUAUUACUUCUUCUGAAUGGACAUGCACUCGCUUAAACUUUGAAACAGGAUAAAAACAUGGGUGUCGAUGAUUUAUAAAUCUGUUGUUCAAGUGACAGCCUACAUACAUAAUCCGCGGGUUACAAAUGGUGAUCCCAGAAUGCAAUUGUCAUAAACACAUGCCAGUUGUCAAGUUGCCGAAUUUUGAUCACAUGACCACGGGGGAUGCUGCAACGGUUAAGCGUGAAAAAUGAUCACAAGUCACUUUAUAGUAUAAUUCAGCGCUGAAUAGUUAUAAGUUGAGGAUUACCUGUAAUUAAAUAGACCUAAGGACAAUUGACAGAUGAUCAGUCCUAAGGCUAGUGAAUUUUUAAGGGUUUUUUAAACUGUGUUAUAAUUCAGAUUCAAUGCCAUGUUUUUCAUACCAGUGUAUUAUUUAUGUCGAUUUUCCCCUGCUGGGAAUUGAGGACUGACUGCUAGCAUACUAUGGGACAUACUACCGGUUACAGCAUUUGGUAACAUCAUAUGAUAAAAGCAACCAGAAAACAACAACCUUGUGCAUCACCCUCCUGGCCAUGGCGUGUACAGAAUGGAGCGAUCAGUUUUUAAAAGCAGUGCAAGCAAUGCAGUAACAUAGUAUUUAAAGGUAUAAUGCAGACUUGAUAUUUUUGCCAUUUUAGCAUAUAAAACCGAUUGCUAGACACAUUUGUUAUUAUCUCUAUCCCAGCAGUGGGAAAUAAAAGUAUCCUGCACUUCCCUAGUUCUAAUCUCACCAAUCCUUUUUAAAUAACCUUAACAUCUUUUAGAUGCUCUUUACACCUUUUUACCUUUAAAAAAAAACAUUGUUGGGAAAAAUGUAACAAAUUAUCACAUAUAUUGCAUUCAAAAUACACUUUUCUAAUAGAAUCCUGUUUCUGAUACUGUACUUUAUUAAAUGCUUUGCUACAAGACAAAGUAA